AUGUCGCCAAAAAGGACGGCACCUAUGAAGCCUGACCCAGUCAGCGAUGAAUAUGCUGUUCUUGAGAACCCUAGCCCCUCGGAUCCAGAAGAAGCCCAGUUGAUGGAAUUGGGCCGUCGGUAUUUGCUUUGGUUCCAUGGCCAACCCAUCACGCUCUUUGACGAGGACACGUUCCUCCAGUCGCUCCCAUCGCGGGACCCCGAGUUGAUCCUUGCAUUACAGGCGCUAGUCCUGAGGUUUCCGCCAGGGUCCCUCACAGACUCAGGUAAACAGCAGCUGGGCGACAAGGCGCGGACCUCACGCCGAAUGGUCAUGGGCCGGGUGACGGAAGGGCGAGUCGAGCUGUCGACUCUGCAGUCGUUGUGUCUGCUGAACAUGUUUGAUUUCGCGUCUGGCAACACCACGCAGUCCGGGCUGAACCUGGCCAUCGCCGGCCAUCUCGCGCACAGCAUCCCGCCGUCCGCCAACCCAUCCAACGCCAAGGAGAGGAACUACUGUCUACGGAGCAUCUUCGUCCUCCAACACCUCCAAGGCUGCCUCAUCCCAGCCUCGAACCCAACUCCCUCCGUCCUCCCAGGUUCAUCCACCAGCCAAGCCUCCCUCGGCCCAAUCUCCUACUGCCACCUCAUGGAACCCUCCCCGGACGACCCCCCGGAGAAGAACAUCUCAGCAGUCGCCGCAGACUUCUGCGUCGUCUGGCGCCUGGCGCGAGCCUACGCCGCGUCCCCCGUCUCCCCCGACGCACCGCCGCCCUGGGACUCGCGCUCCGACUACUCCCAGGUCCUCCAGUCGCACCACGACAUCGACUGCCGCGCGCCACAAAAGUUCCGCUUCGCAACCAACCGGAUCGACAGGCAGACGCCCGAGGCCCUGCAGGCGCAGCGGCGGUACUGGAUGCCGUUCCUCUUCAUCCAGUUCGUCCACGAGACGAUCCCGUGCCUGCUGAACCACCCGUUCCUGCUGUCGAUGCGGCUGCGGCACCUCCGGCACACGAUGCCCGUGCACUUUAUCCAGCAGUCGUUUGAGAGCAUGAACCGGACGGCCGGGUGGGUGAUUUUCUUCCUCGACGUGCUGGACAAGAAGUCGCUCACGGUGUCAGACCCCGUCGUGGCGCACUGCGUCGUCGUCGUCGCGACGAUCCACCUGCAGCAUAGCUUCGUGCAUGACCCCGUCCUCCGCAGCAAGGCGAAAACGGGGUUCGACAAGUGCAUGACCUUUUUGAAAAAGACGGGGGACAUUUGGCCGUGUGUCGCCAACAUGGCAAACAACCUAAGAAAGCUCCAGGACAGCGUCGUCAUAAAAGCACCACCAUCGGAUCGGGGCGACUCCGCCUCCCAGAACCGCUCGUUCUCCAUCGACACCCAGCUCCUCUGGAACCUCCUCAUCUACGACCGCGCAGGGCGGCCCGACGCCGGCUGGGACCAGUCCGUGUUCGGGCCGACCCUGCGAUCCGACGCAAGAGACCUCUCCACGGGGGCCGACGCCGCGGACUUUGACCUCGUGGGCUCGGCGGGCCUCUCGGCCCACAAGGCGGUGCCGAACAAGGCGGCGGUCUACGCCCCGGACGAGGACAUUGCUCCCGUGGCUGUUCCGGCGACCACGCCGCCUGCUGGACACGGCCUCGGGGACAUGGGGCCGUCGUUCGAGGACAUCUUCUUCGAGGGCGUGGGGCCGUUUGGGGACCAGGCCAACAGGUUCAUCGAGGCCAACGACUAUGGCAGGGCGAUUGACGACUGGUUGAACCUGGAUAACUGA